GGACCCUGUACACAGUAGCGGAGCGCUGCGCCGCCAUAGGAAGAAGAGCUGCGCUAACGCGACGAUAGCUAGCUAGGAUUUUUUUUUUUAAUUAUUUAUUUUUUUAUCCUGCUCCAAAUCAAGCACUGAAGAUUCCGGGGCGAAAACUUCGAAAAUGACCAAGCUGCAGCUCUUGCACCGUGCUCUAAACGAGCGGCUGAUGGCGGCGGUGGAGCAGAUCAUGGAGAUGGUGGGCGGCACGGUGCUGGAGUAUGAAGAGGAGACAGUGAGAGCACGCAAAGAGAACGAGAUCCUCAGACGGAGGCUCCGGUGGAUGGAGGGCGAAAAUCCGACCGACUGGCCAGAUCCCGCUUUCUCCGUUCCUGGUGAGACCAGCCUGACAGACACAUUAGCCCUAGAGUCCUUAAUUAUCAAAACGGAGCCCAUUGACUCCCAUGAGUUCCAGUUAUAUGGACCUGACACAAGUCUCACAGCAUCAGUAUGCACUGCCAAUAUAGAAGUGGUUUAUCCUGGUACGAGUGCUCCUGCUGAUGCUGCCAUUCCUGACAGUAUUGUAUGGGACUCGGCACAAAGCUAUAUGGCUCCGUUAGACUUUGACCCCACUCUGUCUACCAUGGCAAGGAACAGGAGCCAGAGGAGGUCGUUUGCCUGCCCGGACUGUGGUAAAGUAUUUGGGAGGGAGCAGAGACUGAUGUUCCACAUGCGUAUUCACUCCACCGAGAGGCCCUAUACAUACAGGAGGCGCAAAACGUGCUUUUAUGGGGACAAGAAACGGAAGAAGAAGCUACGUGGCCUUUCCAAGACAUCCAGAGAGUUCAUAGAGGACCUAUCUGACACCUCAGAGCAGACAGAGCAGAGUGCAGGCUCGGCUAACGUCGGUAUCUUGGCAAGCGCCGGCCCGUCUGCUCAAGAAGUAGAGCCAAGCGAGGCAUCAGAUGAAGCCAGUGAACACACCAGCAGCAGCAAGCUCUCAGAAACCAGUGCAGCCAGACCUGUGGGCCUUAAAGCUAAGCAAGGAAGAGAAAAGCCCAAGACAGCUCAGUGCCUGCAGUGUAACCGAGCCUUCACUAAUGUAUCACGGCUGGCAGUUCACAUGAAGACCCACCAAAAGCCACUUCCCAGUCAAGAUGAACAAAAUCUACAGGGAGACAUUGACAGCGGAUCACAACAUCUACAAAAGGUAAUAAGGAACAAUGAAACCGAGGUGGAAAAGGCAAAAGCAAUAGGCCAGAGGCUGUUUCAGUGCCCCGAGUGCAAGAAGAUCUUUGCUCGCUCCUGUUGGCUCACCUUUCACUUGAAGUCACAUGAACGAGAACGUAAGAGGCAGAAAAAGAAGCAGCUUCAAAAUAACAAGCUGAAGGACGUCCCCCAGGUCACGGAAAAGCCGAAGAAAGAUGUAGCUACUGACAGCAGCAAAGUUAACGUACUAAAGAAAAUCUUUGCUUGCCCGUACUGUGAUAAGGUUUUUGCUCGUGAAGGGUGGCUUGGACCACACAUUCGGAGUCAUACAGUUAAGAAGCAAAAUAAUGACAUUAUUUCUGACGCCAUCUUGCCUGAUUCUGCUAAGAGAAGGACUCGGCGUGUCAUGACCAAGCCAUCAAACGAAGGUGGCAACGAGCAAAAGAAAAUCUCUGAACAGUCAUUAGGAGAAACUGAAAAUUCAGAAAUGGUCAACGAACAGCCAAAUAACGAGACUCCUGUGUCACAAAACAUCACUCCGGAGUUGAAACCAAACCCAAAAUCUGAAAUCAUAAUUAGUAAUAACUUGGAAAAUGCCAGUAAAGAAUCUGAAAUCAUCGGGAAUGAGACUGAAAAAAUGACAAGCAAGAUAACAGAAGACUCGAUGCCAGUCCCCGAAGAGUCCACUCUAGGCACUGAGGAAUCUUCGGCACAAAAAGAAGAAGUUAAAAAAAACAAAAAGCGAUUUCCGUGUCGAGAAUGUGGCAAAGUUUAUUUGCUGGCCGGUUGGUUGAAGACCCACAAGAAGAUGCAUAAAAAAGAGAGAAUUUUGGAGGAGAACAGGAGACAGCUAAUGAUGAUGAAAGAGUUUGGGCAAGAUGAGAAGAAAGAAGAGGGACAGAGCCUUGUGGACACGGAUGUUGUGGAAAAGAAGCAGAAGAAGAAAAAGAAGACUCUGGGACUUGAGGAAAGUCCUGAUGACAAAAAGAAGAAAAAGAACCAGCUUACAAACGCUGUGGUGCUGGAGACUAUGGCUAACUCCUCUGAUGUCCAGACAGCGGCAGAAAAAAGCAAAGAAUCUGGCGGUGAAACCCGCGGCCAGUGCGUCUGCAAAGACUGCGGCAAAGUUUACGCUAGGAAAAACUGGCUGAGCUUGCACAUGCUCGGCCACAGAAAAUCACUGAUGGCCUUGCCCCAAAAAGCAAACGACAAGGCCCCGAAAAGUGACAGCCAGACGACACGAGAAGGAUCAUCCACCGAAGAUUCUAAAGGUCAAAAGGGAAAAGACGGCAGCAAAGCAACAUUUCCGUGUCCCUUUUGCGAUAAAGUCUUUCCCCGAGCAAUGCGGCUGAUGGUACACAUGCAGAUCCACUCAGGCGAGAAACCGUACUCCUAUCGACAGCGUAAAGAACAGUUUUACAGUGAGCCAACAAGACCCAGAGUGCCAGAUACAGACAAACAGGAGCCUGCAGUAGAAGGCAAUGAUGAAAAGGGGAAGGAUGGAGGAAACGAGGUGACUAGGAGUCAGACUUCUGCAGUGUCGCAAGACCAUGCAAGCACUACAGAGCCUGUGGAAAUCGUUCAACCUCAAUCAGUUUGCACUGGCAGAAAAUUCAGCCUCCUUCCUCUGCAGUCAUCUGGUGCUGCUACCAUCCACAGCACGGCUCUUACAAGAACCGAGUCGAAAACAGACAGUAAUUUCAGUUUGCAGCCUAGAAUUGUUCUAGAUCCAGUUAUAGCCGAAGCCAGCCACUCGACAUCAUCUGAAGGGGGUGACUUUAAACCAGUAAUUGUGGAAACUAGUGACAUUCAGAUGCACCAAAUGCCUGAUUUAGAAACCAAUUAUGCUGCUACAGGUGAGCAGGUGAAGAGUCCUCUUGCUCAGACUCUACUUGAAAACUCAAACCCUUAUACUAGCCAAAACACACUGGCUGAGACGGAUCAUUCAGAUGUUGUUUGUGUCAAAGUAGGUUCUCCUCAUAAAUAUUAUGACAAUACCUUCUUCUGUAUAGCGGACCAGCAGAGCUCAGAGUCUCCAGAACACAGAAAGUCUGAAAUCUGCCUAAGGAAGGGUCAGGUAGAAAGCAGAGAGUAUGCUUUGAUUGAUGUGAAGCAGCACAAGGUGUUCUAUGACCCAGAACUUCUGGAUAUGGAUGUAGAAUCACAAGAGUCAGGAAGCCAAAUCCAUACCCAUAGGAUGCCAAGGUGUCUUGGUGUUGUAAAAGCUAAAAAUAUUCCACUCCACUCUGAAUAUCUAAAAUAUAGCAUUGAUGGAGUUUGUAUUUCUGAUAAAAAGUCAGUCAAUGACGUAGCUUUGACAACCGAUCCAGAAGUUGAAUCAAGUUCCAGUGCAGUACAGCAAGUGUCUCAUACUGAGUCAGGCUACAUGAUCCUCUCAGAUGUUAGUGAUGAUGACGAGUGGGCAAAUGUGUCGAAUAUCCCUGAUGAGAAAGGGAGAAAAACUUUGAAAAUAUCUACCCCACAACCUGAGGGGUCGGCUGAUGCAGGAUCCUUCCCGAGCUCCUCUCAUAAAGCUAGUGACUCUGACUCUGAUGUAAUGUUCAUGUUAGAAAAGACUGGUGAACAAAAUGUCCCCGAUGGUCCACUCACUUACAGAGAUGAGCUGGCAGCCACUUCUGUCCAACAAACAGAAGAGCCAUGUUCCACAGGGCAGAAGAGGUGGUUUACAUGUUUGGCAUGUGGUUUAACAUUUGCUGGUGAGGCCUCCUUGACACAGCACAUGAAGGUGCACUCUGUGUCGGCGGGAACCUACCAGAAGUCAAACGCCUUCAAGACACUCAAGAAGAGGGUCAAGAACAAUGAAACAAAGCUUAAACAACAAGUUGUCCAAGUUCAGACGUCAGAAGUAGGUAGUGCUGAUUCAAGAGACAACUCUGAAAUCUCAGGAAAGAGCCACUCAACACUCAUAAAUGUUAAUAAGAUAUCUGGAAGUUGCCCAGACUUUGGUGCAACCAGUCGAAGUUCCAGAGCAGACUCAAAGACUGUUGACAGGAAAUCAGAGAAAGAGAAAGGAAUUCUGCGCUGUUGUUAUUGUGGGAAAGUUUGCGAAAAAAUAGAACUGCAUCUCAUGCAUGAUCACCUGAAGGAACCUAAGGUUAUAGAAGCUUUGCAUUGUAGCAACACCUUAGAAGAAAGGAAGAGGUUAUUGAGCCGCCUUUGCAGUCACGAGAAACUGAACGCUACUAGGAACAACAAGGAUGAAGACCUUGUUCAUUGUAUCUGUUGUCAGAGGUAUUAUCGACGAAAUCACUUUUGGAAACACGGUUUAAUGUGUGAGCAAAAACAUUCAAAAGAGUUCAUUGAAACUGAACCUGGCAGCAGUACAGAUCCUCCCAACAAUAACCUAAGGUCAAGGCCAAGCUUAGCACAAAAAACCUUUCAUCCAGAAUCUGGGAGUCUCAUCAAAGAUAUCUUCUGCAGUAGUGUACAACAGACCAUUCCAGAGUCAGUGAAGCAUCCUUCAGCUAAAGCAGAACACCACACUACACACUAUUUAUAUUCCGUAUCUACCGUUUCAGAAACUGGCAGUACUGACGUAAACCCGAUCUCUGAUCACGGAUCAGAGAGCAUGUCCAUUAUAUUCGCCGGUAACAGUUCAGCAAUGAUGAAUCUUGAUGCAAAAACUUCUGGACCACUUGCAUUAGACUCACUCCACAGUACACUGGAGUUUACUGGUACUAAAGUUCAGGAGUCUUGCCUCAGCACUGUACAGGAAGCUCUUGUCGAGAAUCAAAAAUUAACACUAAAAACAAAGAGCAUUUCUGAAAAAGAAUGGCAGUCCACUUUGCAACCUGAAAGGGGGUUCGAUAACAUUCUACAACCCCAUACCCCAGUUUUAAGCAGUUCUUAUUUCCUAGACACUAGGAGCAGCAAUCUACAACAAAACCCUGAGCAGGAUUGCCAGAGUUCUUUUAUACAAGUGUUAGAUUGCAGUGGAAAACCUGUUACUCCUCAAGAAUCAGUGAGCCAUAUACAUACUGGCAGCAGUGAUUUACGUCCAACCACUAAUCUAAAAUCAGACUGGACCCCAGUAUCAACUGUACAGGUGGACUUGGAGCAAAACCUUGGCUCUGGUACACAACCAGAGAAAACCACCAUAAUGAUGCUAGCAGUUAGAUCAGAGAGGACUGAGCAAAGUCAUCCUCAUUCAGAUUCAACAAAUAGUCUAGUUGCAAACCUUUUUAGCGGUGAUGCACAGGAAAUUGCUAAUCCAGAAACAGGGAACAUUUCCAUCCAAGUUUUUGGAAAUGAUGAACAUAGAUCCUCUGAAGUUAGAUCCGAUUCAGACAUGUGCAGUGCAGGAAAAAAGCAGGAUGAUUCUGAUGGUCACAUCAGAGACGACACAGAAGCGUGUGGUACGUGUACAGGCCAAGACAGCGAUUUGAAACCUCUUGGCUUAAAUUCCACCACAACAUUAAUAAGGAGAUGGGACAGUGGGAGGAGCAGGGAUACAAAGAGAAGACGACAAAGUGACCCCUUACAGCAAACAUCAAAAGAAGAGAGAAAAGCAUCACCGGUCCCUUCCCAGACUUCUGAGAUGAAGUUGCAAAUAUCUGAUGUCUGGAACAGUUUGAAAAGCAGCAGAGGAAAAGCUAAAAUAAAGCUGAAGAAAAAACAUUACUGCUUAUAUUGUAGGAAACCUUCCCUCCGAAUGGCACAGCAUCUCCUAUCGGCACAUGCUAAAGAACCAGAGGUGGCAAAGGCCCUUAGUUAUGACAAAAAGUCAAAAGUAAGGAAACAGUUGCUGGAUCUUCUGCAGAGCAAAGGAAACCUCUUGCACAAAGAUGUGGGGAUGAGUAGAACUUUAAGUGAAGAGCUACUAGCAGCUAAUCAAGCGAGUUCACCUAACUCACAUGGGUCAUGUAGUGCCAAACAGGAAAAGCCUAAUCCUCAAUGUCUUAGCAGCCAUGUUUCAGACACUCAUCACAGUGCAGCUCAGCUUUACGCUGACACAGAAUCUUCAGCUUCUCCCUGUGAAGACUCCGGGUUAGUCGGUGAGCAGCUACUUGCUGAGCUUGAAUCGCAUGAUUUCACUCCAGACACCAGCUUGUUCAGAAACGACCAUAUGAACAUAAACACCGUCUACAGCUCUCCAGCUGAUGAUCAGACUGAAACUAGCAAGAGUGAGGACAAGGAGACCGACACUGAUCAAAGCAGCCAGAACGGACACACGGUAGAGAACAGGAGGAGGAGCUCUCGUAUUCAAGCUCGGCCAAUGAGGUUGAAGUACAGCCCUUUAGAUGAAGCGGAGAGUAUGUCACCCAGCUCAAAACUGCACGUUUGUCAGCACUGCGGCGCCAGCUUCUGCAGACCCUACAACCUCCGCAGACAUGAAUACACUCACACAGGUGAAAGGCCUUUCUGGUGUAGUGAGUGUAAUGUGGGCUUCAUUCAGAAAUAUCGCUAUCGAAACCACAGGAUGAUCCACCACGGAGACACACAGUUACGCAAGUACAAGGAUCCAUCAAGAAGGUGCAACAAACGAUCUCGCAGUGGAGAGAAACUGCAUCAACUCCAUCAGCAGCAGUUGCACGACAGCAUUGCAGCUAACUCUGAGCCUUACUGCAGCGCUGAAGAAAGACCUGACUUGACGGACACUGAAUCAGGCAGUUUGAAGAAUUUCCACGAUGAAUAAUUACCUGACUGCAGAAAGGACCGUGUAUCUCAGAAUCCGUGCCUCAAGAAGCAUUUGCAUCAUAGAAUGGUGUGUCGUUUGAAAAACAGGAUGGUACAAACCUGCAGCACCAAUCAGAGACCUGGGACGGCUGGUGUCAAAACCCGGAGCUGAAGGAAGAAAGCACAAGCAUUAAAAUAGAACAGCCUGACCCACCAUUCCCCGCAC